AUGAUUCUGAAACGGAUGGAUGAUCUAGAAUCUCUGAUCCAAAGCAAGGUCAAUGACCCACUCCCAGCGAGUUUAUCUAACAACGUACCUUCAACCUCGCCGUCUAUCCCUUUCGAGGACAUAUCUGUAAUCGACGAGCAGACUCAGUGGAAGCCGUCUUUUGCCAACAUAGAUGAAGUCCUGAAAUGGCCUGUGUUCGACGAUCAAAACCUCGGCCAGCAGUUCCGGUUACUCUCUCUGCCCGAGGAGGAUAGAUGUCAACCGGAACUGCCGAUAUCUGUUGAUCUCGAUUUCCAUGCGGCCGAUCAUCUUCUUCGAAGCUUUUUUGAUGACGUUCACAUUUUCAAUCCAACUUUGAAAGAGGAAGAUGUUAGAGAAUACAUGAAGAUUGUACAAUUGAAUGGUAUUGGCUGGGAUGCCACAUCCUGCUUAAUGCUUCUCAUAUAUGCCCAUGGCUCUAUCGCAACACCGUUUGUCAACAAUGGGCCAGGUGUAUCGUCUUCAUCUUUUCGCCAGUCAAAGGGCUUCCUCCAGGCCGAGUCGUAUUUUUUUGCCGCGCAAAAGCGAAUGGGCAUGCUCCUUUGCAGAAAUGGCGCGAUAGAAGCGCAAUGCUUCUUUCUGGCUGGUGUAUACCUUAUGACAACAUUGCGACCAGUCGGAGCUUGGAGGAUGUUUGUACAGGCAUUAGCUUGCUGCCAGGGCUUUUCCAUCCAUCGUACAAAGGAUAAUGCCUACGAAGAUGAAUGGAACACCAAACAGAGGAUAUAUUGGACAUGUUUUAAGUCUGAGUUAGAACUCCGGCUUGAGCUGAACCUUUCACAAAAGAAUGUGUUAGAUUUGAGUUACCCAACCUUUUUCCCAUCGCCACCUGAUGGACUCAAAACCAAGGACGAAGCAGCAUGGUACUUUUACUUGGCUGAGAUUGCUUUGCGAAGACUGGAGAAUCGCAUUUUAGGAUACCUUUAUCAGCCAAAUGCGCCUAUCCCAGUAUCGAAGAUGGAAUUUGCAAUUCUUGAUUUUGAGGAGCAAGCAGAUGCAUGGUUGCGAUCGCUCCCUGAAGCCUUGGCUCUAGAUAUCGAAACCCCCGACAAGGACCAAUACGAGCCUUUUCGAUUCAUCCUCAGUGGACACUUUCUCGACUGUCAAGAAACAAUGUACUGGCAGUUUUUAGUGGAGGCUAUCCAUGGCCGAGCCCACGAUAGCAACGAUCUAUUUCUUCGGAAGGGGCUGAAGGUAUGCGUAGAUAGAAUCCAGCAGAACCAGAAGGGCUUCUACCACCGUCACCAUGGGACAUGGCUUAUGCUCCGAUCUUGUACAAGGAGCGCACUAGUCCUACUUGCCGCUGAGCGGAGUGCGAACCUUGUGCAUCUGCUGCCAAUAGGCUGGGAGGAAGCGGUAUUCGGCGUGAUUAAAAUGCUGAAGUUUUGGAAGGACGAGUCUAAGGAUGUUUCUGAGAUGUUUGAGAUUUUGCAGGCACUUCCGAGUGCGAGGUUAUCUAGUUACAUGGGACUAGCUUGCUAA